CUUCACCCUUCCCUUGGCUUCGCCAAGUGCUUUUUGACAACGAAGCUCGAUCACAGCUGACACAACGUCGACGUUUGGCUUCACUGAGGUUCGGGGAAGACAGCGCGCCCCGUGAAACAGGACACACCGGAGCAUACAGCCCUCUCCCCUGCUCCUCAAUCAGCCACCAUCGCGCUUCCAGCAUGGAGGUCGACAGGCCAUCUGCAGCUGCUGGUGGGGCGUCCAGCCAGCCUCGUUUUGUAGUCAAAAAGUGGAACGCAGUCUGCCUCUGGUCAUGGGACAUAGUUGUAGACAACUGCGCUAUUUGCCGCAACCACAUCAUGGACCUCUGCAUCGAAUGCCAGGCAAACCAGGGAAGCGCCACGACUGAGGAGUGCACAGUGGCUUGGGGACAGUGUAACCACGCUUUCCACUUCCACUGCAUUUCGCGCUGGCUCAAGACUCGUCAAGUCUGCCCUCUAGACAAUCGAGAGUGGGAGCUUCAGAAGUACGGACGCUGAAAAGUCCACCUCUCCAGCUCGGCUCCUCGUACAUUAGUCCGCGCGAGCUUGCAGCUGUUCGAGCCACAACCAACAGCAAAACACAGCUCGCCUCCUCCGAUAUGCCCUCGACCACGUUCAUGUACAACACGCCAACGACGAAGAAACAGAAAACACUGCCAAGUAUGAUACGUACCUUGACACUUCUACAGAGUCCAACAGCUUUGCCAGCCCGCCAGGUAAGCGAAGGAAGAUUGUUCAUAAGAACAAGUGUG